AUGGAGAUGGCUGACGCAACUAUCCAUGAAUCUUUUCUCCUCAAUUUUGCGUCUAGCCGGUCCAAGAAGGAUGAUCAAAAGCUCCCAAUUGGCCUCGGUGGGCCAAUCAGGCUAAAGGAGAUCACCAACCCUGAUGACGAAACCACUUGGUCGUCAUUGAAUGAAGAGCUUCAGUACUCGGUACCCAGGAUUCGUGAGCCGUACCCAGCACCAUCAAAGCCUGAGCCUCCAGCAGCACCAGGCAGUUCGACGCAACAGUUCCAGUCUCAAGGGCCGAAAUCGACACCGGAAAAGGUCUCGGAAAAAGACCAGCUCAAGCAACUGAAACAGGAGAACGACAAACUCCAAAAUAAGCUCAACAAGGCACAGGAGCUGGUAAACAAGACCUCGAUAGAGCUAGUGACCAAUUUGGAGGCUAUCAAUUCCACUCUGACCACGGAAAAUUUGAAGCUACGACUUGAAAACAGACCAUUAGAGAUGGAUUUAGCAAGAUACGAGGAAGCUCCACCAGAGCUGCACAGUUCUGGACCUUUGGACCCGCAACAACAAAACUUCAAUCAGCUGCUAGCAGAGCUUGCCUCUGCUAAGCAAGAAGUUCGAGAGUUGAAGGCUCAAAAGGAAGCCGACAAUUUAUUGAUCAAGCGACUCCAAUCUAAGGUCACGUCUCUCCAAGAAAGCAUCGGCACUCCCUUCGAAAUUGACGCCAUGAAGAAGGAAAAAGCUGGGCUCCAAUCGUCCAUAGAAAAGAAGAACAAGGAGCUUGCACAGGUCAAAUUGGAGUGUGCGGAAGGGCAGGAAGACCGUUACAAACAACUUCUGGAUGACCAUGAGAAAUUGGCUGCUGGGGCUGACUAUACGGCGCAUCUGGAUCUACAAGAGGCCAAGAAGGAGAUUAGAGAUGCCAAGAGGGAUAUUACAGAGCUCACUGAACAAGUGGAAAUGUGCAGAGGAUACAUGGAGGAUGGAAUUGAGCCAAAUACAGGGAAUAACGCAGGUGCUUUGGUCCGUACCAAGUGCCAGAAGAACAGGGUGCCCGACAUGUUCGUCAACACCACCUAUUCAGCAAUAAAGCGAAAGGUGGAGGAAGAUCUCUACACUGGCGGAGAGGAGCGACAAGCCAAGAGGCUCAAGGUUUCGCGGCUCAUGGCAUUUCCCGGGCUUGGAUCACCCAGUCUGGAAGGUGUUACUGAUUUUAUCUUCAGUGCGCAAAAUGAGGUCCUACGCGUGGCCGCAAAGGGUGGCUUAAUUAACGCUGUCCAUUUUGAGGUCACCCCUCGUGGAAUAAUAGGCAUUACCGAGCUUGGUAUGAACCGAAUUGAUCUACAGCACAAGUAUCAAUCUGAGCCAAAGAUGGUGGAGAAUUGGAACACCGCAAACGGGGCGAAGCAUUCAAGCCACAUACGAGAUAUCAUUAUUGAGCAUCAGUUUGCAAACUACGCCCACCCUUCCAUGCGUCCCCUAGCAGAUGCUCUCGUUCAUCGGGGCAAGGAUAUGACCAUGGAAUCCCUGUCAGACCAUCUGGUGGCCAUUGAAGACCACACCAAAGACGAUGUAGGCAAGCUGGACUCUUACAUCUUUCAUAUCAAGAAUCGAUCUGUUCGGGGUCGAGGAGAGCAGGUUGACAAGAAGGGACUCACAGAGGUUCUUCAACGCUUGACAAUGUCUCACGAUAACGCCACGUGUAGCGCUUACGUGAGAAUGAUGAUGAAGGAUGUUGAUUCCGUGAGGAUGGUUUAUAGUUUUCAACUACCCAUCGAGAAAGUAUUCGAGGGCUAUCGGAAACUCUAUGCGGCCAAGGGCAAGGUCGCUGAGUCGAUGCAGAUCCCCCGUCACUACUUUGCACCAGCCGCACCGCGAAUCCAGGAGUGA